UUCUCGGGUUAGUGGCUUAAUUGCAGCAGCGUCUCAACUUUCUGUUCUUUAAAAAAAAAAAACCUGCCCAGUAAAGCUUCCAGCGUUUGUAAUCAGAUUAGUGUCUGUGGGGCGGAAAUGAACGGCGCGCGGCUGCUCCUCUCUCUGCACGUGUGUGUGUUUAGGUUACUGGGGUGUGUAAUGGUUGUAACUGGGAGAGGUGAUGAUCAGAGAUAUAGCACCAGCACAUCACCGGAGCAGGAGCUCUACAACGAGCCGAGGCCGGAGAUCGGGGACAGUGACUUUACCCAUCAUCCUCCUCCUCAUCACCCAUCCGCCAUCACGCCUCCUUAUCUCCUCCUCCCCAUGUUCCACCACCGCUCCUCUCCUGCCGUUUCUAAAGAGCUUUUCAGACCUGUAACCGGAAGGAGGACGUUACCGGGCGUUCUGUCCAAUAUUCUGAUCCCACAAGUGCCCCAGACUCCCAUCCGGGUCACUCCCGUGAAUAAUAAUUACGGUGUGGAGUUGUGGUGUGGCUACAGCAAGAUUUCCGUUCGAAUCAAUCAGGCUCUGCUGAACUUCCGGAGCUCCGCCGCUCACUUCCGGUUGGGAACAUGUCCGCCGUCACGUGUUGACGAGAGCGUCCUGUACUUCCAGUACGAGUUGAAUGAAUGUGGGAGUUUGCUAUCGGUGAUAAACGGACAGCUCCUGUACACUAAUGAGGUUCUCUACAGGCCGGAGGAUCAGGGAGCCGUCAUCAGAGCUGUGCCGCUAACGCUACCCGUCCAGUGUGCGUACGAUCGAUUUCACUAUUCGUACAAAAUCGGCUAUUUGCCGGAGUAUCGUCCGCAGUCGUUUCGGAAGACGUUGAUCAGGAAGCGGGUCUUCGGUCUCUCUGUGCGAAACGGUAAGUGGGAGGAACUCGAGGUGAACAAGAGUCACGUCCUCGGAGAGCCCAUAUACUUUGAAAUAGGAGCAGAAAUCAUCUUGAAGGACAAGCGCGUUUACAUCAAGGCCUGUCACGUUACGCCGAGUGAGGAUUCCAGCUCCACCCAGCGCUAUGAUGUCAUCAGCAACUUCGGAUGCAUGGUGGACAGUAAGAGGACAGGAAGUCAGUCGCGCUACGUCUCGAGGCAGGCGAACGUCCUUCGCUUUACACUCGACGCGUUUUUGUUCGCUGAGGCGGAUUCAGAGCGUUUUUAUUUGCACUGCACUGUUCUGGUUGGAAACGCGUCCGCGAGCACCACAGCAAAGUCCUGCACCUACAGCGAGUCUGCGCUCAGGUGGGAGGAGCUUGGUGGCGACGCCUCCGUCUGUGACUGCUGUGACUCUCAGUGUCGCCCUCCGGAGAUCACAGACUCCUCGUCCUUCGUGGAUCAGGCCGUGGUGACCAGCAAGCCGUGGAGUUUAAUCCACAAUGACCUUUAUUCUGAAACUUCUGACAAGGGGCUGAACCCGGUGCCGGGCUCCGUCCAGUUACACCGCCACCAUCAUCUUGAGGGGGAGGAGACACAGGAGGAAGGGGAGGAGACUGAGGAGGAAGUGGUAGAUGAGAAGGAAGAGUUAGAGGAGGAGGUUCUGAUGGGUGUUGCAGAGUCUGAGAAUGAUGAAAGGAUGAAGGAAGGAGAUGCAGUGAACAUGGCGAAAGAUGGAGAAAAAGAGAAGGAAAAGGACGCUGAUGAGGUUCAGAAAGAGGAAGGAGCGAUGCAGAAAAACAUGACUGGCUUUGUAGCGAUGUUCUCCGAGGGAACCUGGGAAGACGAAGAGUCGCCGAAGAGGAACACGUCCGUGUCCGUCACCGCAGCAGAGAUGGGCUGGAGUUUCUGAGAUGUUUUCUGAGAUAAACGAGGAGUAAAGAUCACUGAGCGAGUCCUUCAUCUCAUCCCAGGUGGAAAUGUCACAUCUGUAGGGUUUACAGUACAUAGCACAUAAAACUGGAUAAAAAUAAAGCACAAUAAUUGACUGGUCGCUAAAAUCUGUUUUUGUGCUGCUCGGAGAUUCCUAAUUCCUGCUCGGCUCUUCUCGGAUCCCUUCAGGAUUCCUGUCAAAGACCGGGGGCGGCGGCGGGGGCGCAGGUUCACCUGAACAUUCACACUAAAGUUCUUCAUGAUGAGAACUGUCUGGACUCUGACCGUUAUCUCUCAUUUAUACAGAGUCUGUCUAAUAAAUCAAUCAAAUAAAAUGAAUGUGAAAUGUCAA